AUGUUCAAAGUCCGGCAUAUCCUAGCGAAUGGAUCUCUAUAUUUCCCACCCUUCGAAGCCGAUGAGUUUCGUCAGGAUGUACAUUGGUCUGUAUAUCGAUGCGUUGCAACCAACGCUGUUGGGUCAAUAGUUUCUCGUGAUGUUGUUGUUAAGGCUGUUGUAAAUCAACGUUAUGAACCGGAAGUACAAAAUCCUGGUGGCUUCAUUGGUAGCAAUGUUUUAAUCAAAUGCAACAUUCCUUCGUUCGUGAAGGAGUACGUAACGGUGACCUCAUGGCUACAGGAGCCAAACUUUAACAUUUAUCCAUCUUUGGAAGGAGAUGGCAAAAAUCAUAUGCUUCCGACCGGAGAACUGUUGGUCUAUAAUAUUACACGCACGGAUGCUCUCAAAAUUUAUCGCUGCCGUACACAUCACAAAUUGACACAAGACUCGGUUGUGAGCAGUAACGUCGGCAAAAUUCAAUUGACCGAAAUGAGGGAGCUGGUGCCACCGAUAAUGAACGAAAAAGUUGUCAGUAUUACAGCAAGGAUGGGCGAUCCGGUGGUAGUACCAUGUGUGGCUUAUGCAAAUCCAAAGCCGGUAUAUCG